AGUUAUAACAAAUACACUAGCAACAGAAAAACUAUAAAUUAUAUCAAUAUAUUUUAAACUAUAUCACGGUAAUGAAAAAUUAUGUUCAAAUUGAAUUGAGUAGUUCAAUUUAGAGAUAUUUCUUGAAUACUGUUCAAACAACUUGAAUUUUAUAAGAAAAGUAUUUUAAUAAUUUUUAUCGAAUUCCUUGAGCGAUAUUAAAUUAAUUGUGAUAUAAACAUGUCUUUCGUACCUAUUUUUGUUGGUCAAUGCGGAAAUCAAAUUGCUUCCCAAUUUUGGAAUGUUCUUAAUUCUAAUGAAGAAAGUUUGAGAGGUGACAUAUUUCUUCGGGGGAAAAGUAAAUUAAGGUCAAUUUUAGUUGAUUCGGAGCCAAAAGUUGUCCGUAAAUGUGUUCAAGAUGCUCAUCAAUUAGGAUUGAGGGUAGAUGACUGGAAUAUUAUUCAUGGAAAUACGGGUAGAGGAUGUAAUUGGGCAUUAGGUUAUCACGGUCUUAAGAUGGACAGUGAAAAAAAUAUAGUUAGAGAUGUUCUAGAUUCAGCUAGAAGAGAAUCAGAAAGAUGUGAUAUUUUCAACGGUUUUCUAAUACAUCAUAGCUUAUGCGGUGGUACUGGAUCCGGCUUGACUAGCCGUCUAUUAGACGAGCUGAGAGAAAUUUAUGAUAAAGAAUAUAUAAUAAGCUGCUGCGUUGCACCGGAUAUUAGGGGAGAAUCACCCAUGCAGUAUUUAAAUUCCUUACUAUGUUUAAAUACUUUGCAAAAAACAACAAACUGCUGCGUUUUAUUUCGAAAUGAUAAACUACUUGAAAUUGUUGGUACAAAAAAUGGUAAUCAAAUAGAAAAUAUGAAUUUCCAUAUAGCUUCUUGUCUGGGUGAUAUGUAUAUACCAAAUGAAUCUGUUUCCUAUCGAGGUGUUAAAUACUAUGGAUCGGAACCUUCUGAACUGCUGGAUGUAGUUGCCCCAGAUCCGUCUUAUAAAUUUCUGUCUGCAAACACCGCUAAUAGUGACGUUUCCUGGGGGGAUUUAGCUGUUCGACUGGCCAGAACUUUAGUAAAAAAGGAUGAUAAUAAAAAACUUCACGCUGCUAUUAACUUACUCCCCAUCGCUAAAGGUUACGACAGUAAAGAAUUCUCAAAGAACGCAAAUUCUAUAUUUACCAAACUAAAUUCUCUAUUUAAUCGAAAACGGCUGGAAAAUAAAUACUGGAUUGGCAAGAAAAGUGAUAGAUCCAAAUCGUUAACUGUUAUCUCAAAUCAUACUGGAAUAGUAGAUUUACUAGAGAUAGUGGAAGAAAGGUCGCGCACGAUGCUUGAGGCCAAAGCUUAUCUGCAUUGGUAUGAGAAGUACGAGAGGGAUAUAGAACUUAGAUUUAAAGAAUCUAUUGAGAAUAUAGCAUUGGUCCGAGAUAAUUAUAACAGUUAUCGUUAA